AUGGGGGACUCAGGAUCCAGACGAUCAACUCUAGUGUCUCGGCUGCCAAUAUUCAGGAGAAGUAUUAGCCGGAGACACGACUCCCUUCCUUCCUCACCUUCUUCUGCUAAUGCCAUUGGUAUCCACACCUCUUCCCCAUCCAGCACAAACUCCAGCUCAGGGAGCACAGGCAAGCGCCGGAGUAUUUUCCGCACUCCUUCCAUUAGCUUCCAUAACAAGAAGGGGAGUGAGCAGAAGCCUGACUCCGCUAGUCAAAAUGUUAAUAUCUCAAAUGGUGCCCAGUCUUCUCUCAGCACUUUUCAAAAACUGAGCUUAGAGGAACACAUUAAAAGCAGAGGAAGGCAUUCAGUCAGCUUUGGCAGCUCACGUAGCAAGAAAAUAACAAGGUCUUUGACAGAUGAUUUUGAAAAGGGAAAGGAGCCCUCAGCUAAUAAGAAUGUCUUUAUAAAUUGUAUAAGCUCUGGGAAGAAUGAGGGUGAUGAUUCAGGCUUUGCAGAGGAGCAGAGCCGAUACUCUGUCAAACAAUCUACACGAAAACUUCUCCCCAAAUCUUUCUCAUCGCACUACAAAUUUUCCAAACCCGUUCCAGAGAGUCAGUCAGUUUCCUCUGUGCAGCAGUCCAGGUGCUUGCUGGAGAUCAAAUCGUACAUGGAGAGUGAACCAGUGAUCGCCAAGUCCUCUCCUCCGUGUUCAGCCGAGACGACAGAGUGCAUGGGAAGCUCCUUGCAGUCCCCGCUGCUCUCGGCUGAUCUUACGGCUGCUCAGACCCCCUCUGACUUUGUCGCCCUGACGGAGGAUUCCAUUUCGGAAGUUGAUGCUCUGCCAAGCAGUGGGACUGGGGCACUGCUCAUAGAGGAUUUUGGUCACGAUGUUUCUACUUCUCAGAUCAUCUUUAAUGCUGCUGCUGCUGCUCCUGCAAGGGAAACUGAUAUUGUGGAAAGUACUGGCCAUUCUGCUGGUGUAUCUCCUGUGAGUCACACAAGCUCAUGUAGUGUCGACUCUAAUACCUUAUUCAAAACCUCAGCUGCUAAUCAAACAAAACUGUUGUUGCAAGGCAGUGAACUGCAUAUUAAUGAUGCCAGGCACAUAGAAGAAAUUAACUCGGCAAAUGCACAUUUAGAAACCUCUGCGUUACAGCGUACAGAAGAACCAGUGAUACUCUCUCCAAAGGCACAGGAAUUGAAUGGGGACAGAGGUGAAAGUACACUGUCCAAGCACACGAGGGAGGCAGCUCCUGUAAUGGUGUCUAAGAUUAUUCCGUGUUCUGAACCUCAGUCCUGUAAAACGCACCAGGGUUAUGAAACAAACCGUUCUAAAGUCGAUCUUGCCAAUAGUUUCAGUCCAUACCGAGAAGGCAGAUUUAUUGAGAAACGACUGAGGUCCUCUUCAGAAGGUACUGCGGGAGGCAGUCGGCUGAUCAUAAAACCAAAGGAUGGAAAUACAGAAGAUCUUAGCCUACAGAAGCAAAGAGCAAGCUCAUCCUCUUCAAAAAUGAACAGCAUG